AUGCCUCACCCCGUCUCUCCCCCGUCCCUCCCGACGGCCAUCUCCAAGGCUGCCCCUCCCCCACCAUCCCAGCAAGAUGUUACGGCCUUUCUCGACACCAUCUUCACCGCGCAGUCCUCCAACGCCUGCAUCGAGGCUUGCUAUGCGCUCUGUGAACUUCUUCUCAACUCGGUCGGUGUUGUUGGCCUCAACCACUAUGGUAUCGCCGCCGAGUUGAAAAAGGCCGCCAACGACAAGAAGAGCGGCAUGCGCCGCGAGUCUAGCCAGAAUCUUCUCGGCGCCAUCUUCGAACGAUUCCCUUCCCGACAGCCCAUAAGCGAAGUGGUUCUGCUCAACCCAGCCGACGGCCUGGUCGCCUGUGCCCUGGAUGCUCUUGCCGACAAGGGUGCCGUUGUCCGUGAGGCUGCCCAGUAUGGCCUUGACGCACUUUUCAAUUCCCUGAGCGCCGAGAGCCUCCUCUCAGGCCUUCUUCCCGUAUUGACAACCUACCUCUCCAAGAGGACUGGUAAGUGGCAGGGCACCGUCGGCGCCUACAAGUUCAUACAGAAGAUGGCCGACAAGUCCAAAUUUGUUGUCGGCACCACCAAGGAGGAAGCCGCCGAGAAGGAUGUUCUCCGCGAAGCCAUGGGCGCCAAGCUCGCUUCCCUCAUCCCCAUCGUCGAAGAGGGCAUGCAUGACCUCAAGGCCGAGGUCGAGAAACAGGCUGUCCAGACCAUGAACUCCCUCACCGGCCUUCUCUCCAACGACGACGUUGCGCCUCGCAUUCCCCUCCUUGUCGACACCAUGCAGCACCCUUCGGCCCAGACGCUGCAGAAGGCCAUUCACGCCCUUUCUCAGACUACCUUUGUUGCCAUUGUCACAUCGCCCGUUCUUGCGCUGCUGACUCCCUUCCUCGAGCGGUCGCUUAACAGUCCCAACACUGCCCAGGAAGUUCUGCGCCAGACUGUCGUCAUUGUAGAGAAUUUGACCAAGCUCGUCCACGAUCCUAUUGAGGCCCGUACUUUCCUUCCCAAGCUGACUCCUGGUGUCAAGCGUGUGUGCGACCGCGCCGCUCUCCCUGAAGUUCGUGAGAUUGCUGAGCGCGCUCUUAAUACCAUGAAGACGGCCAUGGGUGAGGACGGCGACAUUAUUGCCCGCACCACACCUGAAGAUGUCGCCAAGGUCCUUGAUGCAGAGAUUCAAAAGCAUAGCGGCCUCGCCGGCCAACUCGAUCUUUACAAGCUGGCUCAGCCUUAUCUGUGUGGCAUGGUUGCAACCAACGUCAACUUCCGUUUUGUUACUCGCAUUGCUGCUCGCAUCACGCCUUAUCUGCACAACCUGGUUCAGGACCCUGAAGCUCCUGCUGCCAUCGGUGAUGCUAUCCAGAAGUUCUACCUUGAGGAGGACCAACGCCGCUUCGGCGCACCCGAAAAGGAAGACGACGGCGAGGUCGAGAUUGUCAAUGCCGAUUUCUCUCUGGCCUAUGGUGGUAUGCUGCUGCUAUCUCACACCAACCUGAGACUUCUCAAGGGCCACCGUUAUGGUCUCUGUGGUCGCAACGGCGCUGGUAAAUCUACCCUCAUGAGAAGCAUUGCCAAUGGAAAGCUUGAGGGCUUCCCUCCUCAGGACGUCCUGCGCACCUGUUACGUUGAGCAUAAUCAGGGUGAGGAUGCCGAUAUCAGUAUUCUGGAUUUUGUAGCCAAAGACCCCGAAAUUGGACCUCAGGGUCUCGAGCGCAUCUCCGAAGUCUUGGAAGAGGUCGGAUUCACAGCUGGCCCUGAAGGUCGCCAGAGCCACAAGGUUGGCUCGCUCUCGGGAGGUUGGAAGAUGAAGCUCGCCCUGGCCCGCGCCAUGCUGCAAAAGGCCGACGUGCUACUGCUUGACGAACCUACUAACCACUUGGAUGUCACAAAUAUUGCCUGGCUAGAAAACUACCUCAAGUCGCACCCGGAUAUCACCAGCUUGAUUGUCUCUCACGACUCUGGCUUCCUCGACAACGUCACGACUGAUAUCUACCACUACGAGCCAAACAAGAAGCUGGCCUGCUACAAGGGCAACCUGUCCAAGUUUGUUGAGAUCAAGCCCGAGGCCAAGAGCUACUACACGCUUUCUGCUAGCAACGUCCAGUUCAAGUUCCCGCCUCCGGGCAUGUUGACUGGCGUUAAGUCGCAAACUCGCGCCAUCAUCCGCAUGAGCAACGUCUCCUAUGCCUAUCCCGGCUCCCCCAAACCUUCCCUUUCAGAGGUAUCUUGCCAGCUGACGCUUUCUUCCCGCGUUGCCAUCAUCGGUCCCAAUGGUGCCGGCAAGUCGACCCUCAUCAAGCUGCUUACCGGAGAAGCCGUCCCCAACACUGGCAGGGUCGAGAAGCACCCAAACCUUCGCAUCGGCUACAUCAAGCAGCACGCUCUUGAGCACGUGGAGAUGCAUUUGGAAAAGACUCCCAACCAAUACCUUCAGUGGCGUUACCAGCACGGUGACGACCGCGAGGUCCACAUGAAGCAAACUCGUGUCCUUUCAGACGCCGACCGCGCCCAGCUGGACAAGUGGGUAGACCUAGACGGCACAUCCGCGCGACAGAUCGAGGCUCUUGUCGGUCGCCAGAAGUACAAGAAGACGUUCCAGUAUGAGGUCAAGUGGCGCGGCCUGAUGCCAAAGUACAACUCGCAAGUAUCCCGCGAGACGCUCGUCGAGCUCGGCUUCGACAAGCUCAUGCAGGAGUUUGACGACCACGAGGCGUCUCGCGAGGGUCUGGGCUACCGCGAGCUGCAGCCCUCGGUCAUCUCCAAGCACUUUGAGGAUCUCGGCCUGGACCCCGAAAUCGCCAACCACAACGAGAUUGGUUCGCUGUCGGGCGGUCAAAAGGUCAAGGUCGUCAUUGCCGGCGCCAUGUGGAACAACCCGCAUCUGCUGGUCCUCGACGAGCCGACCAACUUUUUGGACCGCGACUCGCUCGGCGGCCUCGCCGUCGCCAUUCGCGAGUUCAAGGGCGGCGUCAUCCUCAUCUCGCAUAACGAGGAGUUUGUCGGCGCCCUGUGCUCGGAGCAAUGGCACGUCCGUGACGGCAAGGUCGCCCUGCGCGGCACCGCCGCCAUCAGCCUCGACCGGUUCGAGGACAGCAGCAACCCGGCCAGCGGCGCCGCCAGUGCCGUGCCCUCCACCGUCGCUUCCACGGCUGCCAACUCGGUCGUCUCCUCCGCCGUCAACUCGGGCGACGAGGACAAUUCGGACAUGAAGUUCAAGGCCAAGAAGAAGCGCAAGGUCACCAAGAAGGAGCUCAAGGAGCGUGAGGUCCGCCGCCGCCUGCGCCACAUUGAAUGGCUCAACAGCCCCAAGGGCACCCCUCAUCCUGUCGACACCGACGAAGACGAGUAA